AUGCGAGUAUCGUCUUGCAUCCUGAGCCAUCCGCUCUUGUUAGCGAUUGCCGGAAACGCGUAUGGGCAGGGAUGCGAAACAGCCGAGGACUGCAGCCUGAAUGGCGUCUGCUCCUCCGACACCAAGGCCUGUGUCUGCGAUCCAGGGUGGCGAGCUCUGGACUGCAGCGAACUCGACCUCCGACCUGUAGAGCGCUGGACGGGAUAUAACCACACGAACAUUACCCUGCCUGAUUUCUACCGCGAAGGUGCCGGUAACUCGUCCUGGGGAGGACACAUUGUUCAGGACCGAGACGACGAGCAGUUAUUCCACCUCGUAAUCUCGCAAAUGGAUCGCGGAUGCGGCCUGUCCGGAUGGCGACCGUUUAGUACUGUCAUUCGCGCAGAGUCGCGAACAGGUCCUCGGGGUCCCUACAACUGGGCUCAGGAACUCUUCAGCACAUUCCACCACAAUCCGACGACAAUCUGGAGUCCAUCGGAUCAGAAGUAUCUCAUGCAUUUUAUCGGUUACGACUGGGAAACCCCCGACACAUGCCGCUCGAUUAAGCGAAACAAUACUAUCUCCGUGUCCAGCUCUCCUGACCUACGAACCUGGGACACUCCAACAGAGCUCCUGAUCAACGUCACGAACCCAGCCGGCUGGCCUCUCUGGACCCCCGAGAAUCCGACAUCAGAAAUGCUACUAGCGACCGAAAAGAACAACAUAUAUCACGCGUCGAACUACUCUGGCCCGUACACGCUGCGCGUGGAGCCAGGGAACAUCGAAAUCGACCCGUCGCUUCGCAGCGAAGAUCCGUUUCUCUGGCGUGACAAGCGCGGUCACUGGCAUUUUCUCGUUCACCACAUGGUGGAUAUUGCGCUGGGGAAAAAGGGACCGCGCGUUGGGGCUCAUGCCUUUGCAAAGAGCUGGAAAGGACCGUGGCACUAUAACAAUAUCACGCUGGCUUAUAACACGACGGUAGAGUUUACGGAUGGGAUGAGCGUUGACUAUUACCGCAGGGAACGACCCAAGCUUUAUUUCAGUACAGAUAGAGAGAUGACACCGCUGUAUCUGUCGAACGGGGUGCAGGAGUUCAAUACCUCAGCAAGUUAUACACUCGUCCAACCAAUUGGCGACGGAUGGAAGGAAUAUGAGAGGGGGUUAGGUUUCGAUUAA